CGAAGAAAGAGGAAGAAAAUAUUUUAUCUAAACAAGAGAAAAAAACUUUUUUUCCAAUAGCUGCAAAUUAAAUUAAAAAUGACGAUCAUCACAAAGCCCUCGAGCACCAAAAAGGAGGACAAAGCUGUUCCAUUGGUAGCUCCAAGUGUCUCUCCCAGCAUUUUGGAAUCUGGCAGUAAUGUUGUUCUCGUACGUCGCGCCACGGGCCAUCCAGCACGUCAAGCGAGCAUUUUGUUGCUUUUCCUCAUCGCCUUGCUCGUCAUGUGCAUCGGUAUCAUUGGCGGCGUCAUGAUUUAUCGCCAAUACGCCAUGGGACGCAUCAAUCGCAUGCGUUGGCACGGAACUUGCAACAUUCCCAUGGAAACUGACAACAUGAAUGAUCGUGCCAUGUUCUUUGCCAAUCAGGGUUUCAGCUCGUCCGAAGACGACGAUUCAUGGAUGCAAAUGUUCAAACCCAUCUUUGACGAAUUAUCUCGCGUUCAAAACGAUCUCGAGGACGAUGCAAAGGAAUUCCAAGCGAAAAUCAUGAAAGAAUUCAAUUCUGAGCCGAAAGACAGCGAUUCUUCGUCGAUCGCUGAUGUUUUGAACAACACUUUCUUGAAGGAAGAGUUCGAGUUGAAUGACGAAGACGAGGAAAGUUAUGCGAAAAUUAACGUACCAAACUUUACGGAAACUCGUAGUGCGACAUUUUUGCAUGAUUUCAAGACAAACCAAACAGGUAUCAUCGACAAAGAUGCCAAACGGUGCUUCUUUAUGCCUUUGGAUACGGAAACUGUGUUGCCGCCUCGCGAUAUGCGUGAUCUCAUCCGUAAAUUGUACUCCGGGUAUUACAACAUCGAUACGACAGUUUUGCGUAAAACGAUGCGCGUCAAGUUGCCCGAAGUUACAGAUAUGAGUCGCGUUUCUCCUCGCGUCGUCAACGAAUGCAAGAAUAUGAAGAUUUACGAAUUGGAGAAAAUCGUAUCAGGAGUAUUUAAACGCUCCAUUGACGCUGCUGCUCAUCCAGUAACUUACACCCAAUUCGCCGGAAAGGGUUUCGACUCUUAUCACCUCACAAAUUUGAAUGAAUUGGACCAAUAUGAGAAGGCAUAAAUACCAAAAAAAGAUGUU